GGCAUGGGUGCUACUAUCGCAUUCUUCGAUCGUUGAAUACGAGUUCAAAUAGUAGCAUAAGCUCAGACCGACCGCAAGUUAAUGAAUGAAUUUCUCCACGGAAUACUCAAUCUAUGCACCAUGUCUUUGGAGCUAUCAAAUUUAUACAGUGGUAAAGGUGUGACGACAGGGUUCAGAAUGCAGUAUUUUACAUCUGCAUUAGUAAGAUUCACACCUUGGCAGCUUUCAGCUUACUGGGGUGGAAUCCUGAUAAAUAAAUUGAUCAUCGGCCCACAGAGAUGCUCACCAAGUAUCAAUAAUUAGAGGUCUUCUCAGGAAAAAUGGCAAGUUCUGGCAAUGAUUAUUCGUACGAGCCUCUACGUGGCCCACGUCGAGCAGAAACAUUGCCCGUUCGGUUUGAUGAAAACCUCACACAAAUACCAGAAAUUGGUGUUCACCGACGGCGCGAUCGAGAACAGCGCCAUGUUGCUGGGAUACCUCCUCCGCGAGGUGUCAUAGAUGAUGACAAUGAUCAGUACAAUUUCUAUGAUGAUUAUCGGACAACCAGACAACCCUACCGCACGGUUUCUCCAGGUCCACCACCACCACCGCCGAGAAUCGCACAGAGCCGUCCUAGAAGCCCGUCUAUCCAAUCCACGACAUCUAUCGAUCGUCGUAGAGACCGUGAAUAUGUUCAACCUGACUACUAUACGGCCUACCAGCCAACAUCAACAUCGCAUCGCAGAUCAGUCCCUCCUCCUGAAGUCUUUAAAGAAAGAAUUGGCGACGACUAUCACUUAGACAGAGCGACUACGAGAGAAUCACCUUACUACACUCGUCGUACAAGGUCGCGAAGUAGACGACAUUCUAGAUCCAGGUCUCGCACUCGCACUCGACAUCGAUACACUAGGUCCCGUAGUUCAAGUUAUGACAGAGUGCCUAAUCAUUAUAGCUAUGAUGUAAAAUAUGGAGUUCCUGAGACUAGGACCGCGGAAAUUGAUUUUGGACUAUCUAUGCCCGAGCCUGAGACUUAUUCUUUCAGGCUUUCGCGUCAUAAUAAAGAUUCUCUGCCAUUGGAAAAUAUCGAUGGCUCAAACUCAGGAUAUUCCGCAAAAGAAAAUCCAUUGCGCCCAUUGCAACCGCAUAAAGGUUUGACUAUGAAACGCCCUGAAGUUGACAGGAUACUGCGAUCUCAUUAUACUGGCGAUGGUAUCAUGGGAGGAAUGCAUUCUGUUGAGUUCACCGUAGCUCCUGGCCAAGCAGCAUCUGCCGGGAGAUCUCCUGUACCACUUUUCAAUUGGGUGUAAGUGACUUAAUACAUUUCUUAUCUUACAAUACUAACUAAAUUCCAAAGUCGAUUUGAGGAUGCGUCUAUGGACUUCGAUAGCUUCCUGGUAUGUUUGUUCAAUGAGGACAAAGGUACUUCUUGAUAGCUGAUGAUUUUAUCAGAAUGGCAUACUGAAUCUUGACGGACUGAAAGAAGGCGAAAGAAUUGGAAUCUCUAAAUUACUAGACCGCGUGAAAAGAAGGUAUGACAAAACAUUGCAGAUUUCUGGCCGCGCAAAAGUCAAGCGUAUGAUUCCAAAGCUUUUACAAGAACCACUCCGAGAUGAAAUUCCCUCCGCGUCAUCUAAAGCAAGAAAACUUACAUGGAUUUGUCUACCGUAUUUUUGUCUCCAAAAAUAUGCUCCGUCAAAUGUGCAGCCGUCAUCACACCCCCCACUUACUUUGCUGCAAACGCGCCAAUCUAUGACACCAAAAGAGCGGGAUUUGAGACAGGCCGUAUGCCAUCUCUCAGACACGCCAGCGGGAUCUUGCUUCCAUAUUGGACAAGCUUGGUUUCUCAUCCUAGACGAUUGUAUGUAGAGCCGCCAAUCAUCUUUGUAACAUAGAAAGCUGACUUCCUCUUAGCUUCUAUUAUUUCAUGCGCCGGGUUAUCUGCACUACAAUUGAACAAAGAAUCUAUUUCAAUCCUUCCAUAUCGGAACGAUAACCCUGAUUCACUAAUACGAACGCUUCUCGUAUCAGAUUCAGGCUCUUCUUUGUGGUCAUUUCCCAUUGAAGAAUGUAGAACAUGGAUUGUGAGAAGCUCUGUUGCUUUUUACAACCUCCUUGUUAUAGUAGCUAAUAUCCUCUCAGGACUUUGUAAAACAUUUCUUCGAACUAUGGCCAAUUGGACUUGGAUUUGAGUUUUCGUAUGGUGGUAAGACCAUCACCUCAAAAGAUUGGCCAAAGAUAUUCAAGCAGGCGCAAAGCUCAAGAGUUUGUCUUGAAUUUAGAGCUAGGUAAGGGAACUGAGAUGUAAUAUGUUUGAAAGGUGGCUGAUACGUGCCAGUUGGAAAUCGAAAAAGCCUGCAGCUGGUAUUUUGAACUCACCGAGAGAAUCAGUCGUGGGAUUUAGUCAGAAUGGGAGCCAGAACUCUGAAAAAGAUGACCCUGAUACUUCUAUGGCAGGCAAAAAAGCAGUUUCGCAUGACUUCCACGUGUUCAAUUGGAUGAAUACACAAAUCGACAUGCCAAAUAGUGCAAGGACCGCAAAAGACUCGAAAGCCUCUAAUCUCGUCGCCGGCGUCAACGAAAUUUUACUACAUAGUGACCUACAGGAGAUCGAUGACUACCUUAUGCAAAAAACUAAUAUUAGCGAGCGACUUACGUACAGGGCUUGCCCAAGCCAUACAAGAAAGCAAUUUUAUGACAUUUUGCAUGAGGUUGAAAGUAAAAUUCAGGCUGACCAAUCACUUCGGGCAACAUACGAAUUACAAGUGGAACUCGCCAAUGCUGCAGAUACUCUAUUUGAGUUCUUUCUAUCACCACAAGAAUCAGGGCCUACCACUGAAAAGUAUUGGGGCCCACUAUAUGAGAUAAUCAUUGUGAGUCCAUCUUUUGUCAGUUAAGUCUGAGCUAAGCUAAUCAAUAGGCAAUGCUUCCGUAUGGUCUAAUCCAGUUGGAUGGGUCUUCAAAAAAGGAUGAUCUGAACACGGCGCCACACAUGCUUCCUGAAAGAGCUUGGAGUGUAGAUACAAGGGAUAUCAAGGACAUUGUGGAGUGGAUGGAGCUCAUAGGAAGACGAACGGAGCUAUUCAAGGAGCUCCUGUCUGAAGUACCAAUUGCGGCACGCUGCGAAAUCAAUAUCUCCGAAAAGUUACCUCGAGCAUGGUUACAUCUCCUCAUGGCCUUGGCUUUUACAAAAGACAUGGCGGGUCCAUGGCACACGCAUAUGAAUCUAUGUAUAGAGCUCAAGAACGAAGGCAUGAGGGAAACUAUCCAGAAUCUAUCGAGAUACCAACUUUCGGAUUACGUUGUUUUUUCCCCAUUCGAUUUGGCUUCCCUCAUAACUUCCCAGCUUUCACAAGAUUUGACUGGCUCAUGUCCAGAUAUUUGCGAGACCUACAUAGACUACAUGACAUCUCUAGUAUGUAUUUCAUGAUUAGCGAAUUGCAUACCAUCUAACAAUCCACAAGGAAUUUGAUAUCGAGGCAGAUCCAAUCAACCGAGAACACCAAGGUAAAAUCACUGAUCUCAAGCAAGAAAUUUCGGUUAUUCUAGAAACGCUAGAAAAUCAGAGAGAAGUCCUCAACGACGCUCAAUACGCUCAAUCGCGGCAGAAUAUUGAAAUUGACAAAGUGAACCGAGUUGUUCCCGCACCUAAAUACGAGUACAAGACAUCAACAUUUGUUGAACCUCGUACCACGAAUCACUCCGGUUAUGAGCGAACGGGCCAUUAUAAAGAAAAAUACGAAGAUUUGGAGGCUAAAAUCUCAGAUCCUGAAAUGAAUCGGUCACCUUCCAAUAAUCCCCGUGGAGUACAAGGACUCCUCUUUCGAGAAAGUCUAGCGCUCAUUGAAGAACGUAUCGAAGUAUUCCGGGAUAUCAACGAUCGUGCUAAUUACCUUGAGAAUUGGGUAAUACUCAUCUUUUUUCCUCAAAGUACCUCAUGUAUCAGAAAAUAUCACUAACAUAACGGACAUAGAACCUUCGCAGCAUUGAUACCAACAAAGAUAGACAAGAAACUGCCGUCUACGCCUUCACAAUCGUAACUAUUAUCUUCCUUCCCCUCAGCACCGUCGCAUCUAUCCUGGGCAUGAACACCAACGACGUACGCAACAUGGAUCUCACGCAGUGGAUUUUCUGGGUGAUUGCUAUUCCUCUCACAAUAAUUAUCAUAACUUUAGUAUUAAUAUGGUCUGAUGAAUGGUACAAUUUCUGGAGCGGAUUCAGUAAUCUCUGGGGAAAGAAAGCGAAAAUGAAACGUAAAUAUGUACGCCUACCUGAGGAAUAUCCGAGGAUUGAAGGGAGAAGCGGACUAGGAUUGAGUAUGGUGCCGCCGGCUAGAGUAAGUGAGAUUUACCCUGAGGCGAGGAGAUUAAGGAGGUCGCAUACAUUGUUUGGAGGUGGGGGGUACGGAAAGGAAGAUUAUUAGUGAGUUUUUGUACUUGGAUUUGUUUGUGAAUUUGGUUGGGUUAUGUAUACGUAUAUUUGGCCUUUCAUCUAGUUAGUAUAUGUUAUGUCAUCUUUUAUAUCUACUUGUUAUGUAUAUCUUACCAUCAAUUUUCAUCAAAAUUUCCAGUAUCAGACCUUCCGAGUUAUUUU